GUAUCUUUAACUAUCUAAGGAAUAUUGUACAUUGAGAUAUUGGAUCUACAUACUGAUAACUGUAACCUUAUCUCAAACCACCCCAACUACACACAUCUAAAACUACCUCAUGGAUAUCAACGGACGAGAAACACUCGUGAAAAUGGCGCCCCAGUUCAUAAACACCUCUCCAUCAACAUACCACCGCUCCCUCCGGCGCGUCUCCUUCCACCUCCCAACAAUCCCAGGGCCAUUGAGCGCGCGCGAUCUCACCCACGCGACCUUCCCCUGCUACACCCCCCUCGACAACGUAUAGAAAACAACCACGAAUGUCCCACCCACUGCGACCUCUGUCUAGAAGACAUGAGCGAAACUUCCACUCUCCGCAAACUCCCCUGCGCGCACGUCUUCCACCAGCCCUGCAUCGACCGCUGGCUCUGCACCCGCGACGCGAGCUGCCCGCUCUGUCGGCGGGAGUUCUACCAAUUCCGGAGGCCGCAGAUUGCGGUUUUUGAUCGGGUGCGGCCUCGCGAUAGCGACUACGACUAUGGCGUUGAGGACUUCUAUGCGAGGGAGAGGAGGAUCCAGCAGGAGAGGCAGGAGGAUUUGCGCGAGGCGAGGGCCAUCUUUGUGAAGUGGUGGAAGAAGAAGUUUUUGGGGGUGUUUGGGGUUGUGAGGGGUUCUUCCUCCCCUUAUUCCUCUUCUUCUUCUUCCUCCUCGUCGUCGUCGUCGUCGUCGGCGUCCUCUUUUCGAGGGGGUGAUUGAGAUGGGUCUCUUUUCUCUCAUGGAAAAUGACAUGAGACACAUGGACCGGGCUAGGUCUGUCCACAGGACCAGACAGUCCAGGAGCACAGAACCAACAACUCCAAACACGGCGCGUACCUAUCAUCUGCCUGGGUUCGUCCCCGCGGAUGACAACGGAACCCCUACCGAAGGUUCCAACGACGUCAUCACCUACCACCUACCGCCCACCACCCACCACCACACCACCAACCAAGCAUAUGAGCUGAGCUCAUGGUAUAAAACCGUCUCUACCACGCCAACUCCAUCGAUAAAGGACCCGUCAAUCAGAUUUAUACGACCAAACCAUGUCUCCCGACUCUCAGCAAACACAGCCACAUCGCAAAGCGAGCGUCCUCGAGCGGAUGUUCGAACGCCGUCGUCCUCAGGAUCCGUCCUCUCAGGACGCGGUUGGUGAGGAGGACGCGCACCACGGUAGCACCCGCAGUCGCAGUCGCAGUGAUAGUGAGGGUCAGAGUCAGAGUCGGAGUUCUGGCCGCGACCACGAGAAAGGUCCCGACCAGGGCCGUUCGCGCAGGGAGAGUAUGCUGGAUAGGUUGAAGAAAAG